CCCACUCCCACUAGCCUCCCUCUUUUUCAUAAAUGUGCUUCACACCGUAAUAACCACAACCAGCUGAAACAACCAUGAAGCUAUUCCUCGUGCUCCUCAAUUGCUUCUUGCUCACGGUAGGUCAAGUCGGCGGCCCGCUCCUCGCCAGAACCUACUUCCUCCACGGCGGCAAACGGCGAUGGCUCUCCGCCUGGAUCCUCACGUGCGGCUUCCCCAUCAUGCUCCUCCCUCUCGCAGUCUCUUACUACUCCCUCGCCGCGAAAUCCAAAACGACACAAUCCACCGGCCGUUUCACUCUCACGAGAUGGCUUUUCGCCACGAGCGCCGUCCUCGGCACACUCCUCGGGCUCGACAGCUACCUCUACUCCUUCGGCACAUCGUACCUCCCCGUCUCGGUCUCGUCCCUUUUGGGAUCCACGCAGCUCGCCUUCACGGCCGUGUUCGCCUUCUUGAUCGUGAAGCAGAAGUUCACACCUUACACCGUAAACGCCGUCGUUUUGAUGACGUUCGGCUCGGCUGUGCUAGGGUUUCACAUGGACGGCGGUGUGGUUCCGAGAGGGGAGUCGGUUGAGAGAUACGCGCUGGGCUUCUUCAUGACGGUUGCCGCGGCGGCGCUGCAUGGCUUCUUGAUGACGGCGCUGGAGUAUGUUCAUAGAAAGGCUGGGGUUCCUCUGACGUUUGACUUGGUCAUGCAGGUUCAGUUCGUUAUCUCGAUGUUCGCCGCCGUUUUCUGCACCGUCCCCAUGAUCAUCAACCGUGACUUCCAGGCUAUGGCUAAAGAGGCGGUAGAGUUCGAUCUCGGAGAAACCAAGUACUACAUGACAAUUCUGUUGGCGGCGGUGGCGCUCCAGCUCAUGAUUAUAGGAUCCAUUGGGUUGGUUUUCAGCUCAUCUUCCCUUUUCUCGGGGCUGGUAACGUCUUUUCUAGUCCCGACCCAACAGGUUUUCGCCGUAAUUUUUCUGCGGGAAGGGUUCGACGCCGAGAAAGGGAUGGCGCUGGCGAUGUGCCUUUGGGGGUUCGCUUCUCAUUUGUAUGGCGAACAUAAGGCGGCGGCAACCUCGGACAACAAGCAACCAACACCGAGGAAUCACGGUGAUCAAGAAGAUUCUCCUGCUGACGUGUAACCAAAUGUUGUCGCCAUUACUAUAAAGUUGUUCUCUAAGACAUGAUGCACCUUCUAAUGCUCACGCGCAAUAGGUUAUGUGGCGGGGGGAAAAACUAUUGCACACUUCUAUUUUAGAGCUUAAUGUAGAAGAAGAACAAUUGGAUUCCAUCGAGCACCGAGAAAACAAGAAGUGAUUUGAUGGGAUUCCUUCGAGUGCGCCCAUUAGUCAGCACCCAUUUAUGUUCAACUAAGAAGAAAAGGAUGGUGGAAUUGCCAAUUGGAGAUUAUAUAUUUGUUUAUAUGAAAAAAGAGAAAUAACUGUUAUGUUUCCAUGGAUUCUAUGAAGCUAAAAUUUGUCUUUCAAUGUCCUUUGAGUUUCAUAGAC